AUGCCUAAGUACAAUUUUACAACUUUGACAUGUGAUAGUAAAACCGUACAUAUCAUCACAACUACUUUCUACAUCCAACUGAAUUAUACCGCAUUUUUUUCAGGACAAAUUGGGCUUUCAUUUGGUGGUAAACGCGCGCUGUGCGGUACGCUCCCAGCACAAAGGUAGGUACGCAAAUAUGCAGCCCCACGGAAAAAGCCCAGUUCUGUGAGGCCACAUAUUUGUGUGACAUCAGUGUCAAGGAGUUACAUAUGUUUAUUGUCAUUUUGCACAAUGUUUUGUUCUGUUUUGAUGCCAAGGA